UCUGAACAUGAACCCAUAUGCUAACCCUUUCCACCUCGCCAUCAAAGACAGGAUUGAGCAUCUGAGCUACCCCAAAACCUUUGCCCUCAUACUCAUCACAUCCUGGUUCCUCUCUACCACCGCCAAAUGGCUUACCAACGGCAAGCGCAAGAAGCUCACGAUCCCCACUUGGGGCUAUCGUUCAUGGUUCGAACCGACGCUCUUGCUGCAGGCCAGGUUCGUGAUGGGGGCUAGACAGCUGGUGCAUGAGGCUUACACCAAGAUGCCCAACAUGCCCUUUGUCCUCAAACGCUACGACGCCGAUUUUCUGAUAUUACCCAUCCGGUACUUGGAUGAAUUACGCUUGAUUCCGCUGAGCAAGCUGAGUAACAAGGGUGCCAACGUCGCCAACCUCGUCCCUGAAUACCACGGCAUCACCUUCCUCCUCACCAACAACCUCCACGUCGAAGUCCUCCGCAAAAAGCUCACUCCCGAGCUCUGGAAGUUCAUCGACUCGGCCUCCACCGAGCUCUCCCACGGAUGGGACAUCUCCCUUCCCCACUCCCAACUCUCCGCCAACGGCAACGACUGGGUCAAGAUCGACUUUGAGCGCACCGUCCGCGACCUAGUCUCCCGCAUGACCGCCAAAGUCUUUUUGGGCGACCCGGCCUGCCGCGACGAGACCUGGCUCGGCAUCUCGGUCGCUUUCAGCAUCGACUUGUUCACAGCCAGCUUCACCAUGAAGAUGUUCCCGCCCUGGAUGUACCCGGUCGUUGCUCCCCUCAUCCCAGCGCGGAGAAGGGUGUUGAAGCAAUUAAAAGCUGCGCGGGGGAUCGUCGGGGAGCAGAUGCGCAAGCAUGCGUCCCUCAAGGAGAAGAGGGCGCAGGCGGCACGGGGAGAGGUGAGCCUCACGGCAGAAGAAGCACAGGAUACCCUGCUGGAUUGGAUGCUGGAUCACGGAAAGGGGGAGGAAGUCCGAGUGGAGGAGAUGAGUGCCCGACAGUGUGUGUUGACGCUGGCGAGUAUUCAUACGACAGCGAGCCAGGCGGCGAAUAUGAUGUUUGAUUUGUGCGAACAUCCGCAGUGGUGGGAGGUGUUGCAGGAGGAGGUGGAUGAGAUUGCAAAGGAACUGGGGCCGCCGGGGUUGGCGGGUGGGAUGAAAGAGGAGGGCGGCGGCGGGGGGGUGAGUGUCAAGGAGUGGUGUGUCAGACUGGAGAAGCUGGAUAGUUUCUUUCAGGAGACGCAGAGGAGGGAGCCGCCUAUUAUGCUUGGACCACAACGCCUAGCACAGCAAGACGUCACCCUCAAAGACGGCACUUUCAUCCCCCGCGGAACCCGCGUCGCCUUCCCCAUGCUUGAACACCAAAUGGAUCCGCAGACGUACGAAAACCCAAACGAGUACGAUCCCAUGCGCUUCUACCGCAAGAGACACGAGUCUCCAGACCAGAUGCACCUGCACAUGGCCGGGCAGACGCAUCCGAAUGUCCUGGGCUUUGGGUAUGGAAACCAGGCGUGUCCGGGCAGACAGUUUGCCGUGGCGGAGAUCAAGCUCAUCAUGGCCAGGAUGUUGUACGAGUUUGAGUUCAAGUUUGCGGACGAAAAGAAGGGGAGGCCAAAGACGGGGUAUAUCAAUGAGAUGGCCAUGACGGAUUGGAAUGCGAGGUUGUUGAUGAGGAAGAGGGUGAGGUAGAUGGUUGUUGUUGGUGUGAUGAAUAGAAGGUAACGGGAAGGAAAGUGUGCGGGUGAGUGAAAGAUUGGAAAACUGGAAAGCGCGGCGAGUUCUUGACUUCAAUCCAAUCAUUGCUGAAGACACUAGGUACCUCUAGGUAGUAAAUCCAAUUUCAUGUGAGUUGUAU